UCUCAAUCUCAUGUUUUCUUGAAGCUAAAUCUUAGGCUUAACAGUACGUUGCAUUUUCAUGUUCGGUUGAUGAUCUAGUGUUUUCACAGAUUCCGGUUUUUAAAUAUGGUAUUUUUAUCGUUUGUAAAUUGCAUGCGUGUAAAGGGACCAGACAAGUUCUGGAAGCGACGUCAAAUAUUAAAACUCGCAGCUCAUUUCUACGGACGAAAACGUAACUGUUAUUCUAUAGCUAUAAGGUCUGUACAGAAAGCUUUACAACAUGCAGCUUACGGAAGGAAAGUAAAAAAACUUGAAAGAAUUAACUUGUGGAAAGAACGUAUUACAGCUGCUUGUGAGGAGUUGAACAUUCCUUAUCCUUUGUUGAUGGAGAACCUUGCGAGAUGUGACAUUGCUCUAAGCAAAAAAACUUUGGCAGAUCUUGCAAUUUGGGAGCCUCGUACUUUCAAGUGCCUCACUCAGAUCGCAGCGGCGAAAAAUCAAAGUUACCCACCAACUGUAAAGGCUGCGCUUCAACCUCCCCCAGAAGGAGUGAUAACUAGAGGAAUGCUGUGAAGGUGAAAGAGGUUACAGACUGUUAUUUGUAUUACUUAAGAAAAAUCGCAGAAUUAGAACUUCAUUUCAUUCAAUGUAUUGUUGAUCUAGAUAUAAUAGAGAAUCAAAAUAAUGUAUUGGAAUUUGAAGUUUCCUCUACUGUAGUUUAUAUUCGUAGAAUGUAAUAAAAUAAGUGAUAUUAUUGCAAA